AUGCCAGCAAAAUUCAAUGAGGGACCGAUUAAAGCAGUACUGGAGGAUGUGGAGUCGAAGAGAAGGUCUGAGCAACUCGCCAAGGAGAAGGGGGACGCAGAUGAAGCAACAAAAGUUAAACGAAGAAAUUUGGCUAGACGGCUUCACGAUGAGAAAGUACGUCGUGUUAACGCAUUGGCAGAAGAAGAGGCCGAAAAGAAGCUCGAGGGUGAGUGGUGCAUUCCUCUUGCCUUCGAGCAGUUUGAAAGGGAGUUAAAGAAGGAAGAAGAAGCUGAGAGGAGGAAGAAGAAAAAGAAGGAGUUGCAUCAAAGGGAAAAGGUCCAAUGCGACAUUGAACUUAAACGCAAGGAGAAAGAGGAAUGGAAAAAAGAAAAAGUUGAUCAGGAGAGAGAAAGGGCGCGCAUAAGGCACCAAAGGGCCCAACUUGUGGUCGUCCAAGAUAAGGGCAAGGAGAAGGUUGAAGGUGAGGAUAAGCCUAGCGUCACUGCUCAAUAUGCCUUCCAUUUCAGGGAUAAGACCGGGUAG